CAGAGAAUAGGUGAAUUUUUCUGGGGUGAGCUCUAAUUUCACAUUUUGUUAAAUCUUCCCCUUUGUGUUUAUGUUCCUUUGAUUGUGGUAUGCAGCACCCCGUUACAUUUUUUCUGUAGACAUUGUAUGAACAAAAAUAUUUUGUGUGCAAUUUUGAUAGACGUGGCAGUUAUAUUUACUAAUUUAACAAAGAAAAAUCAGCUGAAUGUCAGAUGGAGCAAAUCCUGUACCGAGUCAUGGGAAAUUUCCCCAAGAAACACUCCACAUAUCCUUUAGGUAUUUACAGUCGCUCUUAUGUUUUUGUUUCAUUACUUACAUAAACUGAAAUUUAUUGUUCAAAUACAGUCUGAAUAAAAAUCUAAUAUAUUUUCUAAUUUAGCAGACAAGACAUGGUCUCUUUACUUGCUGUCACAUGGUCUCUGCUGACUUCCUUUGUAAAUAAUACAUUGAUUAUUCAUGAUUUUCAGCAACAAUAAAUGCACAGACUGAAGGAGUGUAUCUCCUGUAUGUAUCCAGCAUCUUGUGCCAACUGUCUCCUUCCAGAAUAUCACCCAGGAUUCCAGGUGAGAGUGUCGAUUACAACAAAUUCCAAGAAAAACCUCACUAUGAGCUGCGCAGACCAUAAGGACUACCACGAUGAAGAGUUUGAUCCCUGUUGUCUCUUUAACACGUACGUCGGGGAUGAUAAGACCAUUUCUAAGAAGGAGCUGUUGGAAGAUCCCCUGAGAUUUCUUUAUAAAUUAUUCUCAUCAGGUUCUGUGAAGGGAGAAACGUUGAUUAAUAUUUCAAUUGGCGGUAACAUGUCUGACAACUUUGUUGCCGCUGAUUUCUUCAAAGAUAUUAUUGUGCUGGAAUCUUCAGACUGCUGUAUGAAAGCCUUGGAGAGCUGGUUGAGAAAUGAACCUUGAGCUGUAGAACAAUCCCACGCCGCAGAGUUUGUUUGCUCACUUAAAGGACAAAGUACGGAGUGGAAGAAGCAAGAAGAAAAAACCAGAAGGACGAUCAAACAAAUAGUAAAAUGGGACAUCACCAAUGAGAACCCACUGGGUGAAGUUGUGUUGCCUCAAGCAGAUUGUAUAGUCACGACUUAUUACUUGGAGGUAGUUAGCAAAGAUCACGACAUGUAUAUAAACCUUCUAAAGAAAUUGCUAUCCCAUCUGAAGAUUGGAGGUCACCUGGCCAUGGUGGCAGUCAUCAACAUCUCUUAUUACAUGGUCGGCCAACACAAGUUUGCUGCACUGAAGUACAAUGAAGAUUUUAUACAAAAGGCUCUGAUGGAAGCCGGGUGUAGUAUCCUGAGCUCUGAUACUCACAAGAGUAAAUUUGAAUCACCUUUGUGCGAUUAUGAAUCAAUUGCCCAUUUUGUGUGCCGUAAAGAUAGGGUGGUUUAACUGUUCAGAUUCGUACCCAGUUGCCAUUAUAUUCUCUGAUUAAUCUUGAAUUAGAUUAGCUUUAUUAUAUCUGCUCUUAGAUUUGUGUCCCUAAUGCAUAAAAUAUUCCCAAUUUUUGUGAUUUUGUAAGGCUACCAUCAUCAUCAUCAAUAGUGAAAAAUAAAAAUGAUUGGUCUUAAAAACAAUGGGU